AUGCCAGUUAAGGUGCACAGUAACUCAACAGUAUACGACUCCACAUCCGGUAACACCGGAGCAAGUGAGGCCUACAUGUGCUCGCUGAUCGGACUUCCUUACAUUGCCGUUGUCGCUAAAGAUCUCGAGGAGGAGAAGGUGCACCAGAUUACCAGCAAUGGUGGAAAAAUAAUGAAGGUGGAUGUCUCCUUGAGAAAUUAUCAUGCACAAGAGGAAGCGAAAAAAAAUCGAGGUUUUUUCAUCAACCAAUUUGGUAAUGCAGCAGAAUCGGAGGAAAUACAUGAGAGUGGCGAUUUCGAUUUCGAGAGCACAAACAUGUACCACGAAAUCGUCAGCGAUCUGAAGAAAAACAACACUCAAAAGAAGAAGUAUCCUGACUACUUCGUACACAGUUCUGGAACAGGUGGAACGAUCACAUCUGUUGGACGAUACACGAAGCGCUACGAUCUGCCGACAAAAAUUGUUCUCGCUGACUCCGAAUACUCACUGUUUUACGACUACGUCUUAUCAAAUAUGUUCACAAAUGCAUCUGGAACGGAAUAUUGGGUGAAACCUGGAAUAGCAGGAAUUGGCUACGGCUAUAAUGUAAAGCCGGUGAUAUACGGAGAAACGACAAGCUUACAACGGAGCGUCAUCGAUGAAGUGGUAAAAAUGCCUGAUAUCGCUUCAACAGCUGCAAUGCAUGUGCUCAGAGAACGAGGAAUUGAUGGAGGAGCGUCCACCGGUUUAAACUUUCUUGUUUCUCUCUACAAAGCCUACCAAGAAAAAGACAAUAAGAAUUUAAAUGGUCGAUUGACGAUCGUCACAGUGAUUUGUGAUCCAGGCGAGUUCUACAAUAGCACCUACUUCAAUGCAACAUGGAUCGAAGAGGUGUUCGCUAAAAGAGGAGGCAUGAAAGGUCUCAAUUGCUGGAAAAAAGUAGGUCUACAGCCAUUUCUAAAUGCUAAAAAAUGUGUCAAAGCUAUUUGCCACUAA